AGAGCGGCGGAAAGGCACUUCGGUAGGUUACCUAACCUAGACUACAGAAUGUGGGCGACGAUACUUUUGGUUGGUCUGGCGGUGUUCGCGGCGGGAGAGCCGUUGGGGCCCUCGCCCAUCACGCUGGAUUACCACGCCACAGUGGGAGUACCCGAGGCGAUCCGUAUCCGGAACGCUGAGGAGGCCAUGGACUUCGACGGCGGCCGUGUGGCCGGCGGCUCCACCGUUAACCUCGGCGCUCAUCCUUAUCUGGUGGGGCUGCUGGUGCAGCUGACGACGGGUCAGACGUCAGUUUGCGGCGCGUCGCUGGUGAGCAACACGCGGCUGGUGACUGCAGCUCACUGCUGGCGCGACCGCAGUAACCAGGGCCGGCAGAUGACCGCCGUGCUCGGAUCCGUGCGCCUGUUCAGCGGCGGCACGCGCCUAACAACCUCUAACGUCAACAUGCACCAGAAUUUCAACGUCAACAACCUCAACAACGAUAUCGCCGUCGUCGUCAUCCCGCGCGUCAAUUAUAACAACAACAUCAGAGCCAUCAACCUGCCGAGCCAGGCGAUGCAGAUACUGAACUUUGCCGGCUAUACGGCGCAGGUCAUCGGCUACGGUGUCACCAACGACUCGGAAGACAUAACGACAGGGCAGGUGGCGCGCCGACGCAACCUCGAGGUGAUCCGCAACGAGGCGUGUGCGCAGGCUUACGGCUUCAACGUGAUUGCGUCUACGCUGUGCACCAGCGGGCAGGGUAACGUGGGCCCCUGCGGCGGGGACUCCGGGGGUCCGCUUGCGCUCAACCUCAGCGGCCAGCGCGUGCUGAUUGGCGUGGUUUCGUUCCACUCUGCGAUGGGCUGCCGCGUGGGCUUCCCGGGCGGCUACGCUCGCGUCACCUCCUUUACGCCCUGGAUCCAGUCGCGUCUGUGAGCCGCGACCUGCACCACUUCAAUUGAUGAUACUUUAUGAAAAUAAAGCUAAUUAAACUGAUUCAUACCAA